AAAAUUUGUGCCAUUAAUUGAAGCCGGUUGAACCGGUAGACUUAUGUAAACAAUGUAAAUAAUUGUGUAUAAAGUAUUAAUUAUUUAUAAAUAACACAUUAAAAGUGUUAAUUUUGAUAAUUGUACAUUAAUUACGUAAAAAGAAUAAAAGUAUUUUCUUUGUGUUUAUCAAAUUUUCAACAAAAAAAAAAAAAUGGGUUGUUGUGAGAGUAGAGAAAAAAAUUUAGUCACUUACAAUGUUGAUCCUUUACCAAGACAUUGUGAUUGGAAUAAAUGGACAAUUUGGAAAGAGAAAUUUUUUAAUAUAAUUAAAAAUGAAACAAUAAAAGUGGAGUCUUCUGAAAUUUUAGGGCUUAUACUUAAAAAAGUAAUUGGACCUUAUGGUUUAGAUAUAAUUGCAGAAUAUUUUGUAUUCCACAAUAGUCUUGAUGAACAAAAUUUUGAUCUUCUAUUGAAUAAAUUGGAUAUUUUUUUCUAUCUACAUCGAUUUCCAAGAAAUAUAAAGACGGAAAGUAUUAAAGAAUACAUAAACCGUUUAAAAAUUGAAGCUAAGAAUUUUGGAUGUGAGACAUCGGACAUUGCAGUAAAAGAAAAAAUUAUUUAUGAUCUAAAACAGAAUAAUUUUCUAGAGAUCAUAACGGAAAUUAUUUGUAUUCGAAAUUCAUUUCAUCUUAAACAUUUAAAUAUGAAUGAAAUCAUUUUUUUGGUAAAUGUCCAUGAAAAUCAGGAAAAUCGAGAGAAGAGAGAAAAUUUUCUUCAUAAAUUAGAAAGUAGAAAUUCAGACUUACGUCAUAAUAAUAAUUGUUGUGGUCAAUAUCAUUUAUCACACGGUGUGUGUCCUGCAAAUCAACAACGAUGUUAUAAAUGCAAUGAUCUUAAUCAUUUUGCAAAGACUUGCAAACAUCUAUAUAUAAUUGAUUGUCUUCAAUGUGGAAUAAAUCAUGCGGAAAAUCAAUGUCCUGCUUUUGGAAUGCAAUGCUCUAGGUGCGAUGGAUUAUUUCAUUUUUAUUGGAAAUGUCCAUUUCGAAUGAUAACAUUUUGUAAAAAUUGUGGACAAUCUCAUGUUGAUGUUGAGAGAAAAUGUGCAGCUUUUGGGAAAAAUUGCAUGAAAUGCCAAAAGAAAGGUCAUUUAUUCACUUUAUGUCCAGAAUCGAGUGAAUUUAUUAAUCACCGUACUAAUUGAAAAAAUCAAAUUGUCUUAAAACAUUGAUUACAUUUAAAAUGUUAUAAUUAUUAAAUAAGUUACUUUCAUGUUUCCUAUGAAAUAAUAAAUAUUUCUUAUAUUUAUA